AUGACCACAAUGAAACACGAUGAAAUAUAUUGUACUUCCAUAGUACGGUUAUCUGAAAUUGCUGGAACUUUUAUCUCAAGAAAUAAUAAAUCUACCGAUAUUGAUAAAUCAAAUGAUUUAAAAGCCGUACUUCAAGAAUGCAUAGAUACACUAUCUAAUUACAAAGACGAAUGUAAGCGAAUUAAGAAACUAGGUUUAUUUGUUAACCCAGGGCAUAUUGAAAAUAUGGAUAUCCAAGAAAAAUUAAGGACUUUUAAGAUUUUCGAAUCAGCAUAUAUUUAUUAUAAAAUUAUUCAUAUUACAGUAUUGAUAAGAAUACCAAAUUUACCAUCGUUUAUUAAAAUUAAAAAUGAAAAGGAUUUACAAACCGUUAAACAAAAUAAAAAUAAAGAAAUUAUCGAAAUUUAUAACACUUUAGUGAAUACUUUAGUUCAAGAUGAUAGCAUUGCCAAAAUAAAAUUAUUUAUUAAAAAACAUACCAUACCCAACUUAAAAUUGGAGGAGAGUACACAACAUAAUGACACUGAUAUAAAUAAAGAAAUUCCUCUGGAAACUGGUCACACAAUUUCAGUGGAUCAACUCAGGACAUUGUUAACAAAUAAAAAAUCAUCAACUCUUGUGAUAGAUAUACGACCCAGACUUGAAUUUAAUAAAUGUCAUAUCUCAUUUGAUAACAUUGUUUGCAUUGAACCUGUAUCAUUUAAAGAAUCGUAUUCUGAUUAUGAACUUGAAAGGAAAUCCUUAAUCACUAGUCCGAAUGAUGAAAUAAAAUUGUUUCAAAAGAGAGAUAAAUUUAAAUUUAUUGUGUUAUACACCGAUGAGAGUAUUGAAAAUGGAUUUGGAAAACAAAAACAAAAUAUGCUACAAAAUAUGCUAAUAAAUAAAUCAUUUGAUAAACCUUUGGAAAAUUCAAAAAUAUUUACAUUACAUGAUGGUAUUCAGAACUGGAUACAAGUUGGUGGAAAAACAGAUAGUUUAACCUCUAUAAAAACUAAAAGAAUAGAUGCUAUUGAUGAUAAUGCCAUUUAUAUUAAUGGGAAUACAUCCCGUUUAAAUCUGCAAGAAUUCCCAAAGGCGACGCCAAGCAUAGCACAACAAGAUGCUAACAAAUCUAUUCAAAAUAUGAUGACUAAUUCACCUGCAUCGACAGGAGGUUAUGCAAUGCAUGAUCAACAAAUUUCAAAGGGAGGAAAACAGGAUAAAGGUCCACAAAGAACCUCUAGUUUCAAAAGAAUAUUUACCAAUUUUAGAAGUUCCUCUGGAAGCUCUGUUAACUCAGCAGGGGGUGUACAGGCAAUUUCGGCACCUCCAUUAUCGAUUCAAGAUGAUCAGUCAUCACUGUCUUAUCCACACAACUCAUCUUCUCUAUCAUAUUCAUCUCGUCGUAUGUCACAACUCUAUGCAUCCAACCCAAUAGACUAUCCCGAUGCUUCAUCGCUAUUAAAUAGUGGUAUGGAAGCAAUGUCAUUAUCCAACGACUCGACUGCAUAUAGUCCUGUCCGUUCCAGUAAUAUUCCUGGAAGAAGAGGAUUUUCACCGUAUUCGAGUCCUGUUUCGGCACUCCAUUCUCGUUCCCAAAGUUUCAACGAAAGUUCGACACUUAAAUCAGGUAUGUUUGCAAAUAUUGCAUCAUUAAACACUUCAGAUAACAACAUUAUUACAACUGGACAACAAACAUCCCCAGACCAUCUAGACUAUUCGUUUACAAAACAUUUACCUGACAUUCCUAGACUACCUGCCAGACCUUCGAGUUCUUCUUUUUCAGCAACAUCUCCUUAUAAACAACAAGAAUUGAUGGCUGGUUCAUCAAAGGAUGUAUUGAAGAAUGUGUCAUCCUAUCAAAAAGGUACGGAAUUGGAUUUUUUAACGGGUUUGGAAAAUAUGGGUAAUUCUUGUUACUUGAAUUGCAUAAUUCAAUGUGUACUUGGAACACAUGAAUUAACAAAAAUAUUUUUGAACGAUUCAUAUGAGAAACAUAUUAAUCUUAAUAGUAAAUUAGGUUCUAAAGGUGUGUUAGCAAAGAAUUUUGCAAGAUUGGUUCAUACCAUGCAUGAUAAGGGAACAAUUACGACUGGAAGUGAUCAUUCAAAGAAGAAGAAGAAGAAAAUUCCCGUGAGACCAGAUCAGUUUAAAUUUGCAUGUGGUUCUAUUAAUUCGACAUUCAAGGAUAUGUGCCAACAAGAUUGUCAAGAAUUCUGCCAAUUUCUAUUAGAUGGUCUUCAUGAAGACUUAAACCAAUGUGGUGGAAAUCCUCCUCUGAAGGAAUUGUCAAACCAAGCAGAAGAAUUGAGGGAGAAAUUAUCUUACCGUAUUGCAUCCUCAAUUGAAUGGGAAAGGUAUUUGACCACUGACUUCAGUGUAAUAGUUGAUUUAUUCCAGGGCCAGUAUGCAUCUCGUUUACAAUGCAAAGUGUGUAACCAUACAUCGACAACUUACCAACCGUUCUCGGUUUUGUCAGUUCCAAUUCCCAAUAAAAAAAAUUGUAAUAUUUUAGAUUGUUUCCAAGAUUUUACAAAAUGUGAGAAUUUAGAAACUGAUGAGCAAUGGUCAUGUCCGCAUUGUAAAAAGAAGCAACCCUCAACAAAACAACUAACAAUAACCAGACUUCCAAGAAAUUUAAUUAUCCAUUUGAAGAGAUUUGAUAAUCGAAUGAAUAAAAACAAUUCUUUCAUAAACUACCCCUUCACAUUGGAUUUGACAAAAUUCUGGCCAGAUGAUUUCGAUGGGAAUUUACCUCCCGGUGUCACAGAUGAGUUACCUGCAAGAGGUCAAGUCGCACCUUUUAAUUAUAAGUUAUACGGUGUCGCAUGUCAUUUCGGCAGUCUACAGGGUGGACACUAUACAGCAUAUGUUGAUAAGGGUAUCAAGAAUAGUUGGCAUUACUUCGAUGACACGGCAUUUAGACCAAUAAAAAAUCAUAAUGAGCCUAUUACAUCCAGUGCUUAUGUAUUGUUUUAUCAUAGAAUAUACAAUUUAUAA